UGUAUCAGAAAGCUUUCACUUAAAUCUCCACUCUUAUGGCCUGGUGGUUCUAGAGAAGAUUUUCCCGAUAUAUUUGCAUGUGAGACUUUGAUCCCCUAUUGUGGUUCCACUUUAACCCAGGGGGCUAUGAUUUUAAUAAAAUUUGCACUAUGUUUAUAAGAUGCUUUCAUGUAAAUAUUCUCCAAUGACCCCACCCUAGUUUUGCAUUUUCGUGAUUAUUUUCCCUUUAAAGGCAGCAUGGCCCCUCAUUUGAACAAACUUGAAUCCCUUUCACCUAGGGAUGUUCGAUCAAGGGAAGUAAUGAAUGUGAUUGGUUGGAUUAUUAUACAGGGAAGUAAGAAAGAACAUUGAAAUAUUUACCCUACUAACUCGGGUAUGAAGCGAAGUCGCCCAAGCACACCUUACAUAUUAUAUCGUUCAUCAUUGACUUGUGAUGUAUAGGAAAAUGCCAUGAAUAUACAAGAUGGUAUUGAUCAUGCGAGCAUAAACACGGAAAAUGAUCUCGGAAUUUGAAUAUGCAGAAAAAAGUCAGACUGGAAAAACACACGAUGAGAUGAAGUCUCUUCUCGCCAACCUAAAUAAUACAAGUUUUAAACCAGGGUUUUCUGUAACUUGAAGUGGACUUCAUAGCAAAAUCAUGAGACACCAUGAAAACACAAUACAAUACAAAUCUAAAAAUAGAUGUAAUACAAUACAUAGAACGCGAGUGAACGUGCCUCGGUUCUCGUCCGUCACCACGCGAUAGUCCUGAUUGAAUGAUUAUCAGAAUAUCGAAAUCGUUGUCAUUUGCAUCUAUUGCUUUCUCGUCACGAGGUCGAUACUAGGGAGUGAGUGUGUAUGUAAUAUGAGGAGAAAAGUUUGCGUAGCUAGUGUCUGUAAUGGUUUAUUUUUAGUGAUAAUGAUUUGGUACGUAAAUGACAGAUUCCUGGAGAAAGAUGUUCUAGUUAGGACGACAAAACAGAAUCGUAAACAUUGUGUUGAUGUAAUUGUCUAUUCAUGCUCUGGAUUUCAGAUGCAGAAGAAAAAUGUGUGCGUUGCGUCCAAAAUCGAUAAUCAGAUCAACAUGCACACACUUCAUUGGAAAGCGGUCAAAAAUGUUCCGCAAAAUUUAUCGUAUUUUAAAGAAAAGAAAUUAAAGAAUUUAAACGUUUUACUCAAUUCGUUUGUGAAAAUAUGCAAAAGGGAAAAGAUACCAUUUCUGUUGUAUGGAGGUUCAUUGUUGGGAACAUAUCGCCAUCACGGAAAAAUACCGUGGGACGAUGACGUCGAUGUAAUCAUCAGCGCAAACGCAAAAAGAAGACUGCGACACAGUUUGGAUACUGACACGAUUCAUUCCCUCAAUGUUCGAGGCGAUACGUCAACACAAUGGAAAGUGUUCAGAAAGGGCGAUAACCAAUGGCCGUUUAUUGAUGUUUUCUUUUACGACGAAAACAAAACUCACAUUUGGGACACGGUUCCCCAAUACCGAGGUCGUUUUGUAUUUUACAAAAGUGACAUAUUUCCGGUUGUGUAUCGUUUAUUUAAUGGCCUGUGUCUUCCAGUUCCAAGAAACAUUAGAGUAGUUUUAGAACAGAAUUACGACAUCGACCGAUGCCAAAGUCCGAAGUUUGAUCACUUCACCAAUUCAAAACUUCCGGUCAGGAGGAGAUUAAACAUCCGUUGUGUUAAGCUGUAUCCAUGGUUCCCGUUUGUCUUCCAUGACGUCGGUUCUCUGUAUCUAGAAACACUUAAGAUAAAUAAUAGUAUCAUUUCGUAUCAUCAAGUUAAUGUCUAAAGAACAGGUCAAAUAUGUAGGCUAACCAUUGUAACUAUUAAACUUAUGCAAUUUU